AUGUCGCUCUUUGGUAGCUCCCCUCCCGACGACGACUCGGCCGCCCUCAACUCAGCCAAGAUGGCCAACAACAGCGGCCGCUCGACCCUCUUCGACAACAACGAACCGCCCACUGCCCGCUCCGGCAGCGCCCUAUUCGCCGACGAUGACGAUGACUCGGCGCCCUGGGACAUGCCCACCCCGCGCAAGCAGCGCAGCCGCGCCGAUCUGAUCCGCAGCCUCCUCCCCUCGACCGACGUUCCAGAGAGCUAUAUCGAGACGUUCGACGCAGUAGCCCGUACAGAGAACAACAGCGGUAGCACAAAUGGAAGGAUCACAGCCGGAGGUGUUGCGCGGACACUCGCAGCGGCCAAGCUUGGCGCCGAUGACCAGGCGCGCAUAAUGGGUAUCAUUGCCCCUGCUUCGGCCUCUGCUACAGGCGCUGGUAGUGGGGGUGACGGUGCCAAUGGUGGGGACGCUGGCUUGGACUUGGGCAGGAACGAGUUCAACGUCCUGCUGGCCUUGAUUGGCCUUGUCCAAGAAGGGGAGGUCGCCAGCUUGGACGGCGUGGACGAACGACGACGAAAACUUCCCCAGCCCAAACUACAAGGUCUUGUUGAAAACGUGCCUACGCUGCCAGAUCUAUCUGAACUCGCUGCGAAACCUCCACAACGACCCGUCACACCACCAAAAGCCCCCACCCCGUCUCCUCCCAGGCAACAGCAGCAGCAACAACAACAACACCAACCGCGCACGCUGAGGAAAGUUUCAAUGGAGUACCCCGAGGAUCCGUGGAACGCGCCCGACCUGCACAAAGGCCACAACCAUGGCCCAUUAGAACACUCGACGGGGCACAACGGCGCCGCCAAUGUCCCUCGCUCGAUCGGCGGCCCUGACCUGAACGGCAAUGGCGCUGUUUCGUACAGUACGAGUCCCGAACUGACGACGACCAGCACCGCGCUGCCGGGCCGGACUACUUCCACAUUCACCACCAGCCAACCACCCUCGGGUCCCAGCUCGAUUCAUAACGUCGCCGAGUCGAUUCAAGAAAGCAAUGGCGCCUGGAACUACUUUCCCGGUAACUCCUCGGUAGGAGGGUUUAGCGAGCCAGCAGACAAUGCCAUCACAAGUCCAUUUGGUGGAAGUGGAGGAGCUGGCCAGUCCGUUGGUGGUCCGGUCGGCGGUUCCAACCCCAACCGAAGCAUUGGACAUGUCAGGUCGGGAAGCAACGUGGAAGAGAACAUUCUGGUGAAUCUGAUGCCGGAGAAGGAGGGCAUGUUCAUGUUCCAGCACCACAACUACGAGGUCUCGAGCAUACGACGUGGCAGUAAGGUUGUCCGACGAUACAGCGACUUUGUAUGGCUGUUGGAUUGCUUGCACAAGCGGUAUCCGUUUAGAGUCUUGCCAUUGUUGCCGCCCAAGAGGGUUGCUCUGAACGGCAACCAUCUCUCUAACGAUGGAGCCUUUAUCGAGAAGCGCCGCCGCGGUCUGGCUAGGUUCCUCAACGCUCUUGUGCGUCACCCGGUUUUGGGCCAGGAGCAGCUGGUAAUUAUGUUCUUGACGGUGCCUACGGAACUGGCUGUCUGGCGCAAGCAAGCUACAAUCUCUGUCCAAGACGAGUUCACCGGCCGUACACUACCACCCGGUCUCGAGGACUCGCUUCCCCCAACUCUAGAGGAGCUCUUCGCGCGCACGCGAGCAGGCGUUCGUCGCAGUGCCGAGCUCUACAUUAGCACCUGCACCAUCAUGGAUCGUCUCGUGAAGCGCUCAGAAGGCGUAGCAGCCGAUCACGCCCGGAUGGCUCUUUCUCUGAUCUCCCUCACCGAGGCCAGUGCCGACACCUACGCCACCGACAGUAACGACGUGCCACUGCUCAAUGACGGGCUACAAGCUAUGGGCAGGCACCUGCGUACUGCACAGACUCUGAUGGAAGAUGAAGCUAAGGCUUGGGAAGAAGGUGUGUUGGAGGACUUGAAGAGGCAGCGAGAUGCGCUAGUCAGUCUACGUGAUCUGUUCGACAGGAGAGAGCGUCUCGACAAGGACAAUAUCCCGUUCCUGCAACGACGCAUCGAAACGAAUGAGGCGAAGCUACAGGCGCUUAACGCAAAGCCAGAGGGGAUGGUUAAGCCGGGAGAGAAGGAGAAGGUUGUUGAGGCGAUCAUCAAGGCAAGUCCUUUUCUCCGUUAUGCAUAUACUAUCAGUCUACUAACACCUUCGACAGGACAAGGAAUCCAUUGUCACACAACACAACCGCUCAGUAUUUGUCAAGGAAUGUAUAAGAGACGAGCUACGAUUCUUCCAGGGCACGCAGUACAACGUGUCGAGAUUGACGCAGGAUUGGGCGCAGGAGCGAGUCAAGUACUCGGAGAUGUUGGCAGAUAA